AGAAAGGGGAAAGAUUUUGACAAGUGAGGGCGUCAGUUUCACAGCGGAAGUUGUCUACAAUCGUGUGUCCAAUGGCAAACUUUACAGAGAACUUGCGAACAAAACUACAGUCCACGUUGAACGCCGUACAUUGCUAAUCAUAACGUGGUAAGGAUUCACCAUGGAGGUCCCCUACAAAUUAGAAGUGAUUGCUUUGACAACAAUCAUCAUUAAACUGGGUGUCUCAGUUUUCCCGUAUUCUGGCAAAAAUCAACCUCCAAAGUUUGGAGAUUACGAAGCUCAAAGACAUUGGAUGGAAAUUACUGUUAAUUUACCCAUACAGGAUUGGUAUAGAAAUACAACAGACAAUGAUUUAUUGUACUGGGGACUGGAUUACCCUCCUCUCACAGCCUACCACAGCUACCUAACUGGACUGGUGGCUAAGCAAAUCAACCAAGAGUAUAUUAAACUUCAUGUGUCCCGGGGAUUUGAAAACUUUGACCAUCAGUAUUUCAUGAGGAUGUCUGUCCUUGUGUCUGAUUGUAUCUUCUUUGUCAGUGCACUCUACUUUUAUAUUAGAAACUUGAAGAUGAGCAGCAAGUACAAAUGGGUUUUCUUUGCUUUGUGCUCUCACCCUGGACUCACCCUGAUAGACUAUGGUCAUUUCCAGUACAACUGUGUUUCCCUUGGUUUGGCCUUGUGGGCAUUCCUUUUUGUUUCUCAGGGCAAGAAUGUGUUAGCAGCAAUUGCCUUUUCAGCUGCCUUAAACUUUAAGCAGAUGGAGUUGUAUCAUGCUAUACCUAUCUUCUUCUAUUUGUUGGCUUCCUGCCAAACGAGAGGUUCUUCACUUUCUGCCCAACUUAAAAAAUUGGCCCAGAUUGGUGUUGCCACAGUAGCCACCUUUGCUAUCAUUUGGUAUCCAUUUCUUCAAAUUCAUGAUGGACUUUUGCAGCAAGUCAUUGUCAGAAUCUUUCCUUUUCAGCGUGGGAUCUUUGAAGAUUAUGUCGCCAAUUUUUGGUGCACAUUAAAUGUUGUGGUCAAAAUCAAACGGCUAUUAAACCCUACCUCAAUCGCCAGCUAUUCUUUGAUUCUGACUGCCCUCUUCAGCUUUCCUUGCGGAAUCCAUCUCUAUUUCAAAAACACAAUUCAUAAUUUACAGCUGUGUCUAAUCAAUGUAUCCCUGGCCUUUUUUCUUUUCUCCUAUCACGUCCAUGAAAAAUCAAUCCUUUUGGUAACAUUGCCCGUUUCUAUAGCCAGUCCGUAUUUCCCACUGACGGCCUUUUGGUUCCUCUCCGUUUCUCAUUUCUCCAUGUUGCCUCUGUACGCCAAAGAUGAUCUAGUAAUUCCUGCCAUGGCUGUUCUCGCGUUAUACUGUUUGUUGGCUCACAGUAGCCUGAAGCUUGAAACGCCCCGUUCCAUCGCAUUCAAAUGUCUUGGUGGUCUUUCAGUUAUUGGAAGUUCCGUUUUAGCACUUUUAUUCCUCACUUGUCCCAGUCCAGCAGCAUAUCCUUUUUUUUGGACAUUGCUGAUUUCACUUUGGAGUUUUGCACAUUUUUCUAUUUUCUUUGCAUAUUUUCUUUGGUUACAAUUUUGGGCCGGUGCUAAGUCGUUGAAGUUGAAAUUGCAGUGAUGAAGAGUGGGAAUACAUGGGGAUACACAAA